CCCGCGCCGCCGCGGGGCUGAGGGACCGGGCGGCGUUCAGUUAUGAAGUCUGGGUAGGACUUCUCCCUCAGCGACGCUGCCCGCGAGCUGUCCCGCGGCCCGGCUUCCAGGAAUGAGAAAAGGAUAAUGGGAUGAGCAGCACAUUUAUCUGGAAGUUUAAAUGGGAAUAUUCCUUCUGGAAAGCAAUUGGGUGUAGAUGGACACAACACAAUGCCUUUAUUUUUAUGUGGUGCUGAGGAUCGAACCCAGGUCCCGCCCGUGCUAGGGUCCACUAAGUUGCCCAGGCUGGCCUUGUACUUGUGAUCCUCUUGCCUCAGCCUCCCAAGUUUCUGGGAUUACAGGUGAUUUGACACGAUGCUGCUCUCCAUAGGGAUGCUCAUGCUGUCGGCUACACAAGUCUACACCCUCUUGACCGUCCAGCUCUUUGCCUUCUUAAACCUGCUGCCUGUAGAGGCGGACAUUUUAGCUUAUAAUUUGGAAAAUGCAUCUCAGACAUUUGAUGAUCUUCCAGCAAGAUUUGGUUAUAGACUUCCAGCUGAAGGCUUAAAGGGUUUUCUGAUCAACUCAAAACCAGAGAAUGCUUGUGAGCCCAUAGCACCUCCACCACUAAAGGACAAUUCAUCUGGCGCUUUCAUCGUGCUAAUUAGAAGACUUGAUUGUAAUUUUGAUAUAAAGGUGUUAAAUGCACAAAGAGCAGGAUACAAAGCAGCGAUAGUCCACAAUGUUGAUUCUGAUGACCUCAUUAGCAUGGGAUCCAACGACAUUGAUGUGUUAAAGAAAAUUGACAUUCCAUCUGUAUUUAUUGGUGAAUCAUCAGCCAGUUCCCUGAAAGAUGAAUUCACAUAUGAAAAAGGGGGCCACAUUAUCCUGGUUCCAGAAUUCAGCCUUCCUCUGGAAUACUAUUUAAUCCCCUUCCUCAUCAUAGUGGGCAUCUGUCUCAUCUUGAUAGUCAUAUUCAUGAUCACAAAAUUUGUCCAGGACAGACAUAGAGCUAGAAGAAAUAGACUUCGUAAAGAUCAACUUAAGAAACUUCCUGUACACAAAUUCAGGAAAGGAGAUGAGUAUGACGUCUGUGCCAUUUGUUUGGAUGACUAUGAAGAUGGAGACAAGCUCAGAGUCCUUCCCUGUUCCCAUGCUUACCACUGCAAAUGUGUAGACCCCUGGCUCACUAAAACCAAAAAAACCUGUCCCGUCUGCAAGCAGAAAGUCGUUCCUUCUCAAGGUGACUCAGACUCUGACACAGACAGCAGUCAAGAGGAAAACGAAGUGUCAGAGCACACCCCCUUGCUGAGACCUUUGGCUUCUGUCAGUGCUCAGUCAUUUGGGGCUUUGUCGGAAUCCCACUCUCAUCAGAACAUGACAGAGUCUUCAGACUAUGAGGACGAGGACAACGAAGAUACUGACAGCAGUGACGCAGAGAACGAAAUCAACGAGCACAGUGUUGUGGUCCAGCUGCAGGCCAAUGGAGACCGGGAUUACAACAUAGCCAACACCGUCUGACUUUCGGAGGUGACUGGUUGAUUAUUUCCCUUGAAAUGUUUACUUAGGUAUGUAAUUUGAUUUUUUGCUCCCUUUAGAGGUUUCUGUAGAAUUAACUUAUUUUCUAGCGUUCUAGUUUAAUCAGAUUACUGAAACAGGCUUUUGAUCGGUACUUAUCUGCAGGAGUGUGCUUCCUUUCACUAAUAACAGACUGGUGCUGUCACUCAGGCAUCAAAUGAGCUCUUUGGGGAUGAAAUUUAGCCAAAACAUUAAAAAAAAAUCUCAAUAUAGCUUGCAAUUAAGACAUAGAUCACAGUAUGCAAAUGUUUUGUGCUUUACACAUGAAGUCAGUCCUGCAGCCAUCUAGCUCAAGCUAAGCCAACUCUCACCUCCACAAACAGUUAUAAGUAGGUUGAGUUGGAAUGUGUAUUUUGGUGUUCCCUCAGAUCGCCAUCAUUAGUGAAAUGCAACAAAGUAACUUAGUAUUUUUCCUCCUGUCACCACAAACUCUGAAGCUGUUUUUUGCUUUCCUAUUCCCAAGUAGUCUGAUCCUGAUAGGAAAGUCUAUAACCAGUGCAGAUUUUAAGUUUUUUUUUUUUUUUUUUUUUUUAAGGGUUUAAUACUAUAGUGUUAUGUACAAAUUUGAAUCAACAGUGAAGGUAAUGUCUUUGGACUUUACUUACUGGAUUUCAGUAUCCUUAAGGGUUUUGUGUUGUGAUCAAAGCAAAAGGAAAACGCUGCAUAAAAAUACCAAACUUCAGCAACUAUUAACUCAGAUCAUAUACCUCUUAAUAAAGAGCAUCUUAUGCUAACUAGCCCUGCGAAACUAUGUACAGAGAAAUUGUUCAAGUAUUGAAUUCGAAAAUAAGUGCUUAUGUUUAACAGAACUAAUGUAUUGAAACAAUGUAUUAUGAAAAGGUAAAUUAUAUUAUAUAUCACUGUAACUAUAUGUAGAAAAUAUAGACUUCUGUAUAAUCAAAAUGCUAAGAAUUUUUAUACGGCCUUGUAUGAGAGGUAUUUGAAUGUUAAUAAACAUGUUUUCCACUUUAAGAAUAA